AGUGGUGGAUGUUGACAAAGGUUGGCCGUAGGGAAGUUUAUAAAGAGUUCAACUAGUGACUAGCCAUAAUUCAGAACUCUCUUGAAUUGCCUUUCUAGGUUUCCAUGGAAGAUAAUCGUCCAAGAGAACUGCAACUACUAGUGCAGUCCUCAGCCUCUCUUCCUUCUGAAUCGCCAAAGUCCAUGGUAGGAUUUGAUCUUACUACCCAUUCUCUGCCUGACCUUAAUCUGUCAAUGAGUGUUAGGAUACCAUGGACAUCUGUGAAAGAGGAACCAAACAGCUAUGCCAAAAAACUACAAUUAUUAAGGCAGCAUACUGCUGAGCAGAUCCGACUUGCAGCUGUUGAGAAGGCUUAUAUUGAGAGAACAAGGGAGCUAACAAGGAGGGAGCUGGACUUAGCAAAGAAAGAGUUUGCACGAGCCAAGCUAGUAUGGGAGCAAGCAAAAGCAGAGGUGGAGAAAGCAGAGAGGCUAAAGGAGAUAGCAACCAGAAGGGUCAGCUCUACUUGCAUGGAGAUCACUUGCCACAAUUGUCAUCAAUCAUUCCAAGCAUAGAAUAACUUAGAAUGUAAGGUUCAGGUUCUUGCUAGUAAAUGGAUCAUAAUCAUAAAAUGAGCG